UUACAAACAAACAAACCUCAGAAAACGUUAUUUUUUGAGGCUGAAAAUUAAACUUUGUUUUUCGUUAUUCCCUCCAGCGGCUUCAUUCUCACAGCUCCUAAGAGUUUAACUCCCGGGAAGAGCAAUAUCCUAAACUUGCAUCUGUUUGAUAUAAAGACCAAUGGAUUUUUGAGAAUUGGUGUAAAGGACCAAGAUGGUGGUAAUGUAGUAGCAGAGACUGAAGUGUCAUUCAAUGAAGACAACCCUAGCAGUUCUAUUGAGUUGGCUAUUCCAUCUGGAGUUGAAGUUAAACGGCCAAAGUUGUAUGCCAAUGGUUCCUACAGUAGUCCAAGCUCCAACGACUUUUUUUUCGAAAAGGACAUCAAUAUGCAUAAAGACAAACUUAUAGUUUUCGUUCAGACUGAUAAACCCAUCUAUAAACCAGGCCAAACAGUAAAAGUUCGAAUACUUCCGACAACACAUGAUUUAAAGCUUGUUCCCAAAGAGACUAUUGGAAGUUUUCAAAUUGAAAACCCUGAUGGAAUAGUACUGGGGUAUUGGCCAAUGUUGUCUUUUGCUGAAGGAAUUGUACAGUUUGAAUUGGCUUUACCUGAUGAACCAACGUAUGGAAUGUGGCGUAUCAAAGGGAACAUUGAAGAUACCAAAAUUUACAAGAAUUUUAAAGUUAAAGAAUAUGUUUUGCCAAAGUUUGAAGUCAAAAUAACUCCUCCUUCAUACCUACUGACUAACGCUGACUCAAUCACAUGGAAAAUAUGUGCCCAGUAA